AGUUCAGAUAGAGACGUGGGCUUUGCAUCACCUCAUUUACUUCUCCUCGCUAACACAUGGGGUCGGGUGGCCAUGGACCCCUUCAGCCAGCUGAUCCUGCUAAUCGCGGUGGUGAGUUUUUGCACCUUCCAGUGGCUCUUUCACAGCGUGAGCCCCUGGGCGUCAUCCAGAAUCAGCCCUGGCUUCCUCAAACUCACCCACAAACAGAAGAUCGAGUGGAACUCAAGGACCGUGUCCACGCUCCACGCCCUGUUGGUCGGCCUUUUCUGCCUCUACAUCCUGUUCUUCGAUGAGGCCGUCAAUCAGGACCCCGUAUGGGGAGAUCCUACUCUGGUGAAGAUAAACGUGAGCAUUACUACAGGCUACCUCAUAUCUGAUCUGCUGCUUAUAUUUUACUAUUGGAGAGCAAUAGGAGACAAGUUUUUUGUAAUCCACCACCUGGCAGCAUUGUAUGCUUACUACUAUGUACUGGGUCAAGGAAUGUUGCCUUAUUUUGCUAACUUCCGUCUGCUUGCAGAGUUUUCCACACCAUGUGUAAACCAACGCUGGUUCUUUGAAGUAUUAGGUUACCCCAAAGCCUCCAAACCCAACAUGGCAAACGGGGUACUGAUGGCGCUCGUGUUUUUCCUGGUGCGGAUCGCCGUCAUGCCGGUAUACUACAGCCGAAUGUGCUCGGUGUACGGCACGGAGGCCUUCUACAAGGUCUCAUUCGGAGGCCGUGGCGCUUGGAUCUUCUCCAGCAUCUGUCUGGACAUCAUGAACGUCAUGUGGAUGCAUAAAAUCGCCCGCGGCUGCUACAAAGUCCUGCGUUCCAGCCGGAAAGCCAAACCUGAGAGCCAGGAGAACGGAAAAACAGAUUGAGGGAAAAGAAAGAAUAUUUGAAUUUUACACCACUUGCUCACGGACAGGGUCUUCAUGGGACGCUACAGCAUGAUAGUGACCGGUAAAGACUUCGAAAACACCCCAGAGCAAUAUUAAACAGAGUUAAGACCCAAAACUCUGAGGAAAUUGAGAUUUAGUGCACCAGAAAAGACUGGCCGUCCACUUUUGUUUUGUUUGUUUUGAACUGUACACCAGAAGUGCAUAAAAUGCACUGUUCGAGACCACCGGCUGAACUGUAUUUUAACUAGUUUGGUUUUAAUUUUAAACUGUGGGCAGGCAAACCACAUUAUUUAUUCAUCAAAAGUUCAGUCCCUCGCUCUCAAUCGCUGUACUGUGCAAAGAGGCCAAGAGGUCAGUCACCUGAUGUUCACGUUUACUUCAAAGCCGCGAAUACUGACUGUGAACGAUUCGUCCACACAACUGCACUGCACUAAACGAGGAAAAUCAGCAAUCUGGAUCAGUGUGCUUAACAAGAAUCUCUUGGAAAAUCAAUGUCACGUACUUGUGAUGCAUUAGAUAUUCUAUUGGAUGCACCAAUGAGGUCCUACUGUGGGUUAAACAGGCGAAAUAUUUUAUAUAUAUACACAAAAUGAGCAGUAAUAGAAGCUGUUUUUAAGAAUCAACCCGGUUUACACUCACUCCAGAUUCAGUCCAGAUUCAGUUCAGAUUCCGCUUGAAACGGACGUCACACUUUGUUCGCACUGUACAGUUAAUUGCAUGCGGCGAUGUUGUUCUCUGAAUGUUUGCAUUGUACAUAGAAAUUUUAUUGAGCAUACGGUAAUUAUUUUAAUUACGUUGAUGUACAGUGUAUCCGAUCAAUGCUGAACGCAAAUGAUUAUGAUUUGGAAAUGUUUUAAAAGGAAGCGUAGCUCGCGAAUUCGAGGAUGACUCAACGUCGGAUCGUUUUCCUGCAUCGUACCCUAAUUUAUUGAACCAGUGUUGCACUGGGACAGCAUGGUAAUGUUUCUACGACAUAUUUAUUAUUUUUUAACGGAGAGAUAUAAAAGUCGUCAUUGUAUCUGAGUAGAUAUACUACAGCGUAUGAGAGAAUUCACAAUACAGAGAUACUUUUAUGAAUUCAUUUUAAAAUUCACUGUCACUAUGUAUGACGAAUUUAGUGUAGAAUAUUCUGUACACAAGCAUUCAGUGGCGGCACGGAUGUGAGAGCAUGAGUUUUAUUGAUUUAAAAUAGACUACAUGAAAGACCGCGAAUUGCGUGGAAACAAUUUUAAAGCAGUUCUGUUUUUAAUGAACUAAGUACUUGAAUUUUGAAAUGCGAUAUUAUGAGAGCCAGAACUAUGAAGACUUGUCUUUUAUUGGCAUGAGAUAUACAGGAAUCCAUUGUCUUUUUUUUUUUUUUUGCCUUUGUAUUCAAUCAUUCAAAAUGCCUUUUUUGUUGGUUUUGUUAAAUAAACGUCUUUUAUUUACUUCUUCCAGUGUCAUUUUGUAGCACAUGGUUCAUUGUAAGGUCAUGUAUAGGAUGUAUGACUAUCACUUUGAUUGUUGUAUCUUUUUGUUCUUGCCAAUGUUACAACCAAAGGUCAAAAGUAAGAAUGGCUGUACUUAAUCGUACAUAUUUCCGUAAGUAAAUAGAAAAAAAAACAGUCGGGCGAACACGCAUUGUAACACUGUUCAAGUGUAAUCUGAAACAAGGACAGGAGAAGAAGGGAAGAGUUCACUCAAUGUAAAUUAACUUUCAAAACCUUGCAGGUUGUUUCCAAGAAAGCACUUAUGAAUCUGUGAAUAGUUCAUGUCAUGUUUUUGGUCGAAAUGAUAUUAAAAAGUCUUUUAAAUGCAUAAAGAUCCAAACCUUCAGUGUUCCGCAGCAUUCAUGUUUUAUUUAUGGAAUGUGUAACUGCACAAUAUCAUGACUGUGUGUGUGUUUAUUACUGAAGCGUUCCAUACACUAAUGUCACAGGAAAUUGUUGCCAUAUAAAGGUUUACAUUUGUUACUACGGUGAACACAGGGAUCAACUUCCCAUAUGCUGAAGGAAAGUGCAUGUACCUGAGGAAUGACACAACAGCUCUUUUCAAACAUGUUUAUUCUUUCACUUGUCUUACUUUUUCACUUUCGUUAUGCCAUUUGCCUCAAUAAAGCAAUAUGUUCAUUUUGA